ACCGUCGUACACCUUUAGGAGAAUUAAAUUGGAUUUUCACUGCAAUUACCGAUACCAUAGCCUGGAAUGUCCUACCACGUGAUUUAUUCAAGCAACUAUUUCGGCAAGAUCUUAUGGUAGCUGCUUUGUUUAGAAAUUUUCUAUUGGCAGAAAGGAUAAUGAGACGUUAUCAAUGUAAACCCAUGUCACAUCCAGAAUUACCGCCAACUCAUGAUCAUCCAAUGUGGGAUUCAUGGGAUCUAGCUGUUGAUAUGUGUUUAGCACAAUUACCAGCGUUAUUAAGCGCCGAAAAUGGUGGCACAGAAGUCGAAUAUAAACAUUCGACAUUUUUUGAUGAACAAUUGACAGCGUUCCAAGUGUGGUUGUCGAAAGGAUCUGCAUCACAAAAACCACCAGAACAAUUACCCAUUGUAUUGCAGGUGCUUCUUAGUCAAGUGCACCGAUCCCGUGCGUUAGGAUUGUUAAGCAAAUAUUUAGAUUUAGGUCCCCGUGCCGUUAGUUUGGCAUUAUCUAUAGGAAUAUUUCCUUAUGUGCUUAAGUUAUUACAAAGUCCUGCUGCAGAUCUGAAACCACCAUUAGUAUUUAUAUGGGCUCGAAUAUUGGCAGUUGACAGAUCAUGUCAACAAGACUUAUUAAAGGACAAUGGUUACAAUUAUUUUGUGAAUAUACUAUCGCCAAAUAGCAUGCUUAACAUUCCAAAUGAGGCCGAACAUCGAGCAAUGUGUGCAUUUAUUUUGGCAAUAUUUUGUACUAAUUUUAACCAAGGACAAAUUGCAUGUAAAAAAGCUUCU